AUGGUGGCGACGUCACUCACCUCUACGCCAUACGAUUUCAGAAACUUUAUUCAGGUAUUGGACGACCCCAAUGACAACUAUCUGUACAUGGUGUUUGAAUUUGUCGAACGUGGCAGCAUCUUGGACGUUCCCACGGACAAACCGUUGGACGAGGACAGCGCAUGGAAAUACUUCAGGGACACAUUACGGGGAUUAGAAUAUCUGCACUAUCAAAAAAUCAUUCAUCGGGACAUAAAACCAUCGAAUUUACUCCUCUCCGACUCCGGUCAUGUCAAGAUUGCCGAUUUUGGUGUCUCCUGCGAAUUCGAAGGUAUCGACGCCUUCCUUUCUGGCACCGCCGGCACACCUGCUUUCAUGGCUCCUGAAGCGCUUAUAGAAGGAUCGAAUCACUUCUACUCAGGACGAGCUCAAGACAUGUGGUCAUUAGGGAUCACGUUAUAUGCGUUUGUAGUAGGAAAGGUACCCUUUUGGGACGCCUACAUCAUUGCGCUCCAUCGAAAGAUCAAGAACGAUCCAGUGGUUUUUCCAGAAACGCCACAUCUCAGUGAUCCGCUCAAGGAUGUGAUCCUAGGGCUACUGAAGAAGGAUCCUGGCCUACGAUUGCUUUUACAAGAGGUUAAGGUGCACGCGUGGGUGACGCGUCGCGGCACGUGUCCGAUGCCAUCAGAAGAGGAGAACUGUCACCUGGUUACGGUAACGGAGGAGGAAAUUGAGAACUGUGUACGAGUUAUUCCACGUCUCGACACGCUCAUACUCGUCAAGGCUAUGGGUCAUCGAAAACGAUUUGGGAACCCGUUCAGGAACUCUGCGAAUUCAUCGUUACGAGAUCGACGAAAGUCCAAUUCAGUCAAGGAUCCCACCUACUGUCCACCUCCGUCAAUCGCCAAUGGAGAGAGCAGGCGUGACGUCAACGGGCUCAGUGAGCCUCUGUCGAAACUGCAUCUCUCUCCGGAGAGCUACCCACCGAAAGCAGCUUCAGCACGUCACUAG